AUGGACGCACAAGUGCUGGAUGGUGCUUCGGGCACUUUGUUAGAAAACUGGGGGCUUGAAAUGCACCCAAAGUUAUGGGCUGCCGUGUGCAUACUUCCUGAAAACAUUAGCUAUGUUUCAAAGUACUAUCAGGCCUACAUUGACGCUGGAGCUACUGUGUUGACCACACCGACAUAUCAGGCGACAUUCGCAGGCUUUGAGGGUCUUCUGACUCCCCAAGAAGUUGAGAAGCAAUUCAAGGCAGUGGUUGAUGUUGCUCGCGAUCUAAUUCAACAACGUAACGGUGCUCAACCGGUAAAGAUCGCCGCAAGUGUUGGCCCUUUUGGUGCGUCUCUGCUGGGCGGCCAAGAGUUCAAUGGCGACUACGGUCAUGCAACUGUUGACGACAUUUAUAAUUUUCACGCCGCACGUUUUGAUGCAUUUUUGAAUUCCAAACCGGAUAUUAUUUUAUUUGAGACUAUCGCUAAUCGCCUUGAAUGUGAGGCGAUCAUCCGCCUUCUAGCUGAUCGACCGUCGAUCACGACCCCAGUAUGGGUCGCAUUCAGCAUCAAGUGGGGCCAUGAUGGGGAUAAUGUUGCAUUGGCAGAUGGAACCCCAUUGAGCGAAAUUGCUGCGAUGCCUUGGCCAGAAUCAGUCGAGAUGUUUGGAGGAAACUGCUUCCCACCAAAGUUCGCCAGAAAGCUCAUUGAGGAACUCGAACCUUUUCACCGCCCCCUUAUCAUUUACCCAAACUCAGGUGAAGUUUACGAUGGAAUCACUAAAGAAUGGGCGCCGGCCCCACUGGAUCAACAAGCCCAGCUGACACCCUCCGUGGUUAAGGACUGGUACGAUCACGGCGUUCGAGUGUUUGGCGGUUGUUGCAGAACUGAUCCUGCGUACAUCUCAAAUCUUGCACAAUCUGUUCACUCAGUUUUAGGCUUCGCAGAGGGAUCAGCAUCGUAG